AUGAACCUGCUUGCAACUGAAAGCUUCUCUUCAUGUUCCUCAUCAUCUGUGGAUGAUGAUUUCCUGAUAAGGAACAUCCUCCUCACUCAUGACCCUGAUGGUCGCCACCUUGAUUCUGAGCUUCUGCUUCGUGCAACGGAAAAUAUCAUGUGUUAUGCCACUACACUAGAU